CUUUUUUCCUCUAGUUUUUAUUAUCAAAAGAUCUAUUGAUGUCUAAAAGGCCGACAAAGAUAAAGGCUGCUGAGGUAUCAGAUCCCUCAGACACAAGCAGUAGACAGAGACAAACAAAAAAAGACGAAGCACUACGAAAGAAACUUGAGCAAGAAUUCUUAAAAAAGUCCAAUACUUCUACUAGAACACUCAACAAACGUAUACCAGGAACAGUUUCUGCUUUAAGACCAAACCAUGCUGUGACAGUUAAAGAGAAUAUGCUUGUUGUAGAAUCUGCACAAUUUAUGGCUGCAAAACGAUGCGAUUGCGUAUUGGUGGUCAAUGAAGACGACCAGCUUUCAGGCAUAUUUACUGCCAAAGACAUUGCGUAUAGAGUAGUAGCCGAGGGUUUAGAUGCAAGAACAAUAACUGUCAGUCAAAUCAUGACAAAGAAUCCACUGUGUGUCACGUCUGAUACAUCAGCAACAGAGGCACUUGAUCUUAUGGUACAAAGGGGAUUCCGCCAUUUACCUGUUUGUAAUGAAGAAGGUGAUAUCUUUGGUUUAUUGGAUAUCACUAAAUGCUUAUAUGAGGCACUUGAAAAAAUGGAACGUGCAUUUGGAUCAUCUCAAAAAUUAUACGACGCAUUAGAAGGGGUAGACCAGGAAUGGUCUGGAGGUAACCCUGCUCAGCUAAAUGAAUACAUGACACAUUUACGUGAGAGCAUGGCCUGCCCAACGUUAGAAUCUGUCCUGGAUGGCACUCCUCCAGCGCAAGUGAAAUAUAAGACAAAUGUAAAAGAAAUUGCAGUGUUGAUGAGAGAGUUACAUACAACCGCUGUUCUUGUAACAAAGAGUCACAAACUUCAGGGUAUCUUUACCUCUAAAGACAUAGUACUCCGCGUUGUCGCCGCAGGAUUGAAUCCUGAAAACUGCACAGUAGCACGAGUGAUGACACCAACUCCAGAUACAGCUACACCUGAAACAACCGUAUUGGAUGCCCUUAAACUUAUGAACAAGGGUCACUAUCUCAACCUUCCAGUGAUUGGCGAUGGUACUAUAGUAGGCACUGUAGAUGUAUUGAAACUGACUUAUGUCACGUUAAAACAAAUGAACGCUAUCCAGGGAAGCAAUUCAGAAGGAGGGCCGAUGUGGUCUCGUUUUUGGGAUAGUUUCAGUCCUUCCGCGGCUGAUUUGGCAGAAAACGGAUCACAGCUGUCAGACAACUCAAAUAAUAACAGCAAUAAUCAUCUAGCUCCCCCUCCUUUCAUAUCACCACAGCCCUCUACAUCAUUAAAGACUUAUUCUGAUAUCUUACCGAGCGAGUCUGCAAGCAUGGUUAACAAUAAUAACGAAGCCUCUUCGUCAUCACUGACAACAGCGGUACCGAUAGCACAAGAUGUAUUCACAUUCAAAUUUACUUUAGCCGAACAAAAGACACAUCGCGUAGUGACAAAAUUGUCAUAUAAUGAACUUUUAGAGGCUAUUCGAUCUAAAUUACCUCCAAACCAAGUAGAAAAUGAAAAGGAAUGGCUCACAUUGUCUUAUUUAGAUGACGAAGGAGAUAAAGUGCUUAUCACCUGUGACUCUGAUGUAUUAGAUGCUGUGCGUUUGGCAAUGAAAGCAGGACAAAAUAAAGUCAAAUUGUUCGUGCAAGAUGAUAGGAUAGAUACCAGCAAAUCAACCACAUCAUCGUCAACAACAGCGACAGAAAAGAUGACCACUUUUGAAGAAAAAAUAGAAGUUGUAAAAGAAAAGACUGUGGAUGAAAAAAGUAAGGGCAGUAGUAGUCAUAUCAUAUUAUCUGCUACAAUUGUCCUCAUGGCAGCUACGGCUGCUGGUGUCUAUAUCUACUCAAAAACAUCCAAGCAAAGGUAGCAGUCUGUAUAUCCAAAU